CAUUAGCUGACAAAACAAAUGGGAACUGAAUCACGAAGCAUGACAUACCGUAUGACUUAAAAAAAUACUUGAAAUAUUCAUUCGUACUUUCUACAAUGUUACUUACACUUACUGUAUAUGCAAAGAGGUGACCAAAGCAAUAACAAGACAGGAAAUGUCGCCUUAGCGUUGGCAUGUUUUUACACACAGUUAUAAGCACAAACUAUACGUAAGUGAGGCACUCUUGCUCUUUUUACUGCAUGGUGCAAAUGCUGUUGGCAUGAUUUUCACUCUUCUACCGUCUGACUUUGACGCUGCACCACUGUGCCUAUAGAAAUGGGCCUCUUUCAAUAAAAACGGUCAUGUGAUCUUAGAAGAGUAGUGGAGUAGUCAUGCGCAAAAGAUUUGAUGCUGUGGAGAGUCGAUUCCCAUCGAGUGAGAGACAGCUUUCCUUUUGCACACCGUGAUGGCAGGGGCGGAAAUUUGUAUUGAUGGACACACCAUGAGGCCAAUCACACGUGAGGAUGCAGGCGCAUACCAUGAUGUGAAAGUAGAGAGAGAAUCUUGUCAAAAACGGCAGGAGGAAGGAGGAAUCAGCCCAUCUAAGAAGAGAAUGAAGUCAAACUAUUAAGAGAAAGUUGUAAUCUAACAAGAAAAAAAAGUCAUAAUUAUGAGAAGGACAUUUACAAGAAGAAAGUUGAAAUGGAUGGAAAAUUUAAAUAAAACAACAACAGCAGAAAUGGAGAAAACAGCUGUAAUUUUACUAAAAGUCCAAAUAUUACGAGAGAAAAGUCACAAUAUUACGAGAAUAAACUCGAAAAUAUAAUUAAAAUAAUGUGAUUUUAGUAGCAUAGAGCUGAAAUAUAAAAAAAUAUAAAAACAUUUUUUUUUUGAAAGUCGUAAUAUGAUAAACAACAAAAUGAAGGUGUCAUUUUUGGUAAAUGAGGUUGGGGAGCAAAGUUAUAAUUUAAAGGGAAUAAAGUCAUAAUAUUACAAGAAGAAAAUUUACAAUGAUUAUUUAAGAAGAAACAAUAGCAAAAAAAUGUUUUAAAAAGCAAAAAGCCAAGUUCAUGCUAUUAAUACACUUUUUCAUCUACAGUAUGACAAAUCUGAGAUGUACUUUUUUCUUGAAAUAUAUAUAACUUUUUAGCAUAUCUACAUGUAUUGCAUUACAAAAUACAAAGUGGCUCUUGGCAUCCUUUCAUUUUUCACAAAGUAGCUCUUGGUUGGAAAAGUUUGGACACCCUUGGCUGGGAGACAAAAGAGUCAGUAGACUCUCAGAAAAGAGCCGAACUUCCCAUCAUAGGGAUAGCGGCAAUCACCGGACAUCAAGAGUUGUGUCGCCUCGCCCCAUACAGUUAUUAGAAAAAAUACAUGUAAGUCAUUAUAUGUAGUUUAUUUCGACAAGUAAAAGUAAUUAUUGGCUUUGUGUUAGUUUUGAAAAACAAUUAGCAAAAAAAAUCGUUUUUGAGAGAGGAAGCGGUGAAACGACCGAUGGAAUACUUAAAAAAGACAUUGAGUAAACAGGAACAGUCGUGUGCUGGCGUUACACUAUUGUUAAUGUUUUUUGUAUUUUUUACGUCUACAUCUGAGCAUCGUCGCGUUUUCCCUUUUAAAAGCACAAAGGUUUAUUUUCCGUAAUCGACCACCUAGCUAGCAAACGACCGAGCAGCUGAGCGAGCGGGAGUGAACUAUCUCCCCUCCCAUUCAUCUUUGUCACUUCAAGUGCGCAUGCGCAAAAAAACCCAAACACCCAGCUGCAGGUGGAGCGGUUGCUGAGCUGUUCAAACUAUCACUAACUUCCUGUUUGUCCUGCGUACGCGAGCCUUUGAAAUGGAUUAAAUAAUCGAACAGUAUCGAUUGAAUGAUGACGACAGAAAGUCUCUCAGGAUUGUGAGUUUUUAGGCUUGUGACCUACCGAAGCAGAGGGGCAGACAUGGAUCACUGGGCUCAGGACUGGAUGGCAGCAUUGCCUGAGGAGCUAUGGGACGUCCCGCUGAACCACCUGGCCAUACCCGGGAGUCAUGACACCAUGAGCUACUGUCUGGACAUCAACUCCCCCCUGGUGAGGUCAGAGUCCGACCUCUUCAGGAUCUUGGAUGGACUUUGUUGCUGCUUCACCAGACCCACCAUCUUCAAGUGGGCCACCACACAGGACCGCUGCAUCGAGGAGCAGCUGUCGAUGGGCAUUCGCUACUUCGACCUCCGCGUGGCGCGCAAGCCCAACGACUCGUCCACAUGCUUGCACUUCACGCACAUCCUGUACACGCACGUCACAGUCCUGGACACGCUGUCGUCUGUGGCCGUCUGGCUGGACUCCCACCCCAAGGAGAUCGUCAUCCUGGCCUGCAGACACUUUGAGGGCAUCGACGAUGAAUUCCACGAGUCGUUCAUAGUCCUCCUCAAGAAGCUCUUUGGCCCUAAGCUGUGUCGGCGGGACGUGAGUGCAGGCUGCCGUACACGACGGAAGCCACUGAAAAGAAAAUUAAGCAUCACCAUCAUCCACACAGGAAGCGCACCUGAGCUUAAGGAGUCUGUGGGCGUCGGGUCGCCAGGUGCUCCUGUCCUACGACGACGCGGACGUGGCGUCCAGACACACUCAGCUGCUCCCUGGCAUCCCCUACUGGUGGGCCAACCAACGCACAGCCCACGGUGCCAUCAGCUACCUGGAGUGGAACAAACAGCUUGGACGUCCACGGGGCUUCUUUGUGACGGGCCUGAACCUGACAGCAGACAGGAAGUACAUCGUGACCAACCCCAAGCAGUCGCUGCGCACGCUCACCUUCACCCAGUGGGACCACCUGAGCAAGUGGCUGCAGGACCAGAGACCCGGGUCCGGCCGCUCCGACCUCAACAUCAUCGCGGGCGACUUUGUGGGCCCGCUUCCUCUGUGCUCGCUGGUCAUCGGCCUCAACAGGAAACUGCUGCCCAACAAAAACUCUCGCAUGGAAAAUUCGUAUUAAUGGACGCUUCAUUAGGUACACCUGCACCUGUCAUGACAGGAACCACAGAGCUACAACAUGUGAAUAAAUAAUUACGAAAAUAGAAUAAAAUAUUUCAAAAACUGAUUUCAAAACAAAGAAAGAAAAAGAAUGCAUAAAUAAUAAAAUGUUAAACUAAUGAAUAAAUGAUAAAAUAUUAAAAAUAAUGAAUAAAUCAAAUAUAUUUUAAAAAGUUAAUCAAAUGAAAAGACUGCAUAGAUAAAAUAUGUAGAAACUAAUGAAAUACAAUAUUUAAAAUAAUGAAUAAAUAAAUAAAAUAUAAUACAAAAAAUUAUGACCAAAAUACAAAGAGUGACUAAAAUGUCAAAACAUAAUGGAUCUAAAUAUAAAAAAUAGUAAGUAAAAUAACAUUGAAAAUAAUGAAUAAAUGAAAUAAAAUAUUGAAACUGAUGAAAAAAAUCAAUUAAAAGUAAAUAAAAGGCUGCACGGUGGUCUAGUGGUUAGCAUGGGUUCGAAUCUCUGUUGGGCAUUUCUGUGUGGAGUUUGCAUGUUCUCCGGGUACUCCGCUUUCCUCCCACAUUCCAAAAACAUGCAUGUUAGGUUAAUUGGAGACUCUAAAUUGUCCAUAGGUAUGAAUGUGAGUGUGAAUGCUUGUUUGUCUGUAUGUGCCCUGCCAUUGGCUGGCCACCAGUCCAGGGUGUACCCCCCCCCCCCCCCCCCCCCCUCGCCCGAAUUCAGAUGGGAUAGGCUCCAGCAUACCCCCGACCCAAAUGAGGAUUAAGUGGCAUAGAAAAUGAAUGAAUAAAAUAUUAAAAAUAGUAAAAUUUACAAAUAUUAAAUACAUACAUAAUUAAUCCAUAAAUUUGUAAAAUGUUUUAAAAUUAAAUAUUUAAAACUAAUGAAUAAAAUGAUAAAUAUUUUAAAAGUGGGCAAAAACAGAUGUCUUUAAAAAUCCAGGAGUGCUGAGAUUGACUUGGUGAUGACGUGAACAAUACAACUAACGGGUUUAGGACAUAUUUAUUUAUUCAUUGUUGUGCUUGGUGCGCUGAACAACUAGCACACCACAUCACUGUUCACAAACUGUUCUGAAUACUGAAAGCUUAGAAACGGCUGUGAGUGAGAUGCAGGUAAUAAUAUAUGGAAAUAUAUCAGAAAUACAGCUGGGAUCUUGAUGGGCUGUGACCAGCGAGUGUGUGGAACUCCUUUUUAUUUGACAAUAUUCCAAAUCCUCGCUACAUUCUUUGAAGCUACUGUGUCACACUGAUGGCGAAAUAAACGUGUGAAAUACGUUGUUUGCUGAAGAAACAAGAACGUUUGCUACCCGUCCACAAAAUACUUCUUGUAUCGUCCGUAAGCAGCGCCACUGAUGAUGACCUUGACCACCGCCGAGCCCUCGUCCGCGUCCACGCUCACGUCCUGCACGGCGGCCUCCUUGUACAGCCAGCUACCAAAACCCAUCCCCGGUUAAAGACACCUUUAAUGACACCGACAUCGACGCGGCCACCUUACGUAACGUGCGGCCGGCGCUCACCUGAGCUGAGGUGUGCUGAGUUUCACCUUCAGGCUGAGGACGUGCAUCCCCGUGGAGGCCACGAUACGCUCCGCCACCACAUCCUGCAGCGCCUCCAGGCCGCGCUCCUCCAGAGCGGAGAUGGGCAAAACGUCGGCCUCCGUCACCUCGUAGCUGAAAAGAAACAGGCAUCGGGCACAUAAACCAGACAUAAAUAAAAGGACUGACUGGAGGACGGACGGCGCGCUCUUACUUGUCCAGGAGGUCUAUUUUAUUGUGGACUUCGAUCAUGGAGCUCAUGAGGCGGUCGGGCACCCGAAGGUUCUUCAAGACGUUCAACACGUUGGCCUUCUGAUUGGUCGUCUCCGGAUGGCUGAUGUCUCUGACGUGGAUCAGCAGGUCCUGGAGGUCGCAAAAACACCCAGAUGCUUCAAAACGGGACCUUCUAUGCAAGGAAAACAAGGAGAAACACAGAAGCACAGACCACCACCAUGCACCCCACUGGGCAUCUUCCAGUCAUCGUGUUAUUGAAUAAUUAAGCAAAAAAGCCAAAAGUUGUUUAUUUUUCUUUGUUUUUUAAAUUCAUUAUUAUUCAUAUAAUUAUUUAUGAAUAGUUAUUUAAUAAUAAAGCAAAAAUAAUACUAUUAAUACUAAUCACAUAAAUGACCUUUUCUGUUUAAUAAUUAGUAUAUAAGUAUUUUCUUAAUUUGUUUUAUACAUUUAGAUUUUUUUAAAUAUCUUCUCUACAGGUAUAUGCAAUGUUGUAAAAUGUAUUUGAAGAAUUUAUUAUACUGAUUCUAAUCCUCCAAGAGGAAAUGUAAUUAUUUUCUACCGUAAAUAAAUAGCGGUAAAAAAAAUAAUAAUCGCACAAUGCCAAACAUUUUUUGUUUAAUAUUUGGUUAUUAAGAUACAAUUGUUUUUGUCAUUACUUUUACACAUUAUUAUUAUUAUCUUAUAUGUAUUUUUUAUAUACAUUUUGGUAAAACAAAAUUCUAAAAUGAUUACAUUUCUCAAUACAGUCAUAUCCAAUGUUCUAAAUGUUUUUUAAUAUCCUGAUUAGAAUCCCUCAAGGGGAAAUUCAAUUAUUUUCUAUGUUAAAUAAAUACUGGUAAAAAUUAAUACUAAUUGCACAACGGCCAAUAUCUUUUGUUUAAUUUUUACUAUAUCGUUAUUGUCAUAAUUUGUUUUAUACAUUUAGAUUUUUUUAAAGACAUUAAGAGAUGAUAUUUGUCAAUACAGGCAUAUCUGUGUUCUAAAUGUGUAAUUUACUGUACGUUUUCUAAUUUAUUAUACUGAUUAUAACCCCCAAGGGGAAAUUCCAUUAUUUUUAUUUUUAUUUAGCAAAUAAAUACUGGUAAAAAAUAAUACCACUUGCACAAUGAGCAGCAGUUUGUGGUUUAAUAUAGAAUUCUUUUCCUAAUUUGUUUUGUAUGUUUUGAAUAACCAAAUGUCAUUAUAUUGUCACUACAGGCAUAUCCAAUGUUGUGAAUGUGGAGUUUUUUAGUUGUUUUUUUUUCAAUUGAUUAUACUGAUUAUAGUCUCUCAAGGAGAAAAUGAGUAAUUUUCUGUAGUAAAUAAAGCGUUCAUCAGAAUGCUGCAGGUCAGUGAUUCUCAACUAGUUGGCGGGACCCAAAUUGUGCCACGGAUCCAUAAGUUCAAAUAGAAAAACAACGCGACUCGUCACUUUUGCAAGGUCGUUGCUACUUAGAAAGAAGCGUCACACACCUACCGAGUGUUUAAUGUCUUCCAGUGUGGCGGAAAAGGAGUCGAUGAGCCGGUGCGGCAGCUGCGACAGGAAGCCGAUGGUGUCCACGUACAGCGCUGUCAUGCGGCUGGGCAGCUGGCCCGCGUGGACCGUCACGUCCAGCGUGGCGAAGAGCUGAUUUUUGGGCUGGAGGUGGCUGUCGCCCGUCAGCGCUUUGAUCAGAGUGGUUUUACCUGGAAA